CCCAAAUUUUAUUUUUUAUUUUUUCACACAUGCAUAUAUAGAUUCUAAUGUAAGCCGAUUAACUUCUCGAGCUCUUCAUACUUCUAAACCUGCUAUGCAAGUUAUGUCCAAUAACCCUCUUCGAGCUAAAGAAGCAACUGGCCCAAUUGCUAGCAAAUAUCCUGUUAUUGAUCAUGAAUAUGAUGCUGUUGUUGUUGGUGCUGGUGGUGCUGGUCUUCGUGCAGCUUUCGGUCUUGCUGAAGCUGGUUUAAAUACUGCUUGUAUUACCAAAUUAUUUCCUACUCGUUCUCACACUGUUGCUGCUCAGGGUGGUAUUAAUGCUGCUCUCGGUAAUAUGACAGAAGAUGAUUGGAGAUGGCAUAUGUAUGAUACUGUAAAAGGUUCUGACUGGCUUGGUGAUCAGGAUGCUAUUCAUUAUAUGUGUCGUGAAGCUCCUCAUACAGUUAUUGAACUUGAAAAUUAUGGUGUUCCCUUCUCAAGAACUCCUGAAGGAAAAAUCUAUCAACGUGCUUUUGGUGGUCAAAGUUUAAAGUUUGGUAAAGGUGGUCAAGCUUAUCGUUGUGCUGCUGUAGCUGAUCGUACAGGUCAUGCUAUCCUUCACACUCUUUAUGGUCAAUCUUUACGUCACAACACAAAUUAUUUUAUCGAAUAUUUUGCUCUUGAUUUGAUCAUGGAAGAUGGUGAAUGUAAGGGUGUUGUUGCAUUGAAUAUGGAAGAUGGUACUAUUCAUCGUUUCAGAUCUCAUAAGACUGUCCUUGCCACAGGUGGUUAUGGUCGUGCUUACUUCUCUUGUACUUCAGCUCAUACCUGUACUGGUGAUGGUAACGCUAUGGUCGCUCGUGCUGGUCUCCCUCUUCAAGAUCUUGAAUUUGUUCAAUUCCAUCCUACUGGUAUUUAUGGUUCAGGUUGUCUUAUUACUGAAGGUUCUCGUGGUGAAGGGGGUUAUCUCGUCAAUUCUGCUGGUGAACGUUUCAUGGAGCGUUAUGCCCCAACUGCUAAAGACUUGGCUUCUCGUGAUGUCGUUUCUCGUGCUAUGACUUUGGAAAUCAAAGCAGGUCGUGGUGUAGGUCCCGAAAAGGAUCACAUUCAUCUUCAACUCCAUCACUUGCCUCCUUCUGUCUUGCAUGAACGUUUGCCUGGUAUCUCAGAGACUGCUGCUAUUUUCGCUGGUGUAGAUGUGACUAAGGAGCCUAUUCCUGUCUUGCCUACUGUCCAUUAUAAUAUGGGCGGUAUUCCUACUCGUUAUACAGGUGAGGUGCUCAAGGUCAAUGAGAAGGGUGAAGAUGAAGUUGUGCCUGGCCUCUAUGCUGCUGGUGAAGCUGCUUGUGUCUCCGUUCAUGGUGCUAAUCGUCUUGGUGCUAACUCUCUCUUGGAUAUUGUUGUCUUUGGUCGUGCCGUUGCUCAUCAUAUUGCUGAUAAUCUCGAACCAAAUACGCCUUUGAAACCCUUCGCUGCCGAUGCUGGUGCUAAUACAAUUGCUAAUUUGGAUAAACUUAGAAAUGCUACUGGUCCUAAACGUACUGCUGAUAUUCGUCUUAAUAUGCAAAAGGUAAUGCAAUCUGAUGCUGCUGUCUUUAGAACACAAGAAACUCUUGAUGAAGGUGUUACUAAGAUUGAUAAAGUUUGGGAAUCCUUCAGAGACGUUGGUGUUACUGAUCGUGGUAUGAUUUGGAAUACUGAUUUAUGUGAAACUCUUGAACUUCAAAAUUUAUUGACUUGUGCUUCUCAAACAAUGCAUGCCGCUGCUGUUCGUACUGAAUCUCGUGGUGCUCAUGCUCGUGAUGAUUAUCCUGAUCGUGAUGAUGCAAAUUGGAUGAAGCAUACACUUUCAUGGCAAAAUCAAGAGACAGGUGAAGUUUCUCUUAAAUAUCGUUCUGUUACUGCAACAACGCUUGAUGAAAAUGAAUGUAAGGCUGUUCCUCCUUUCGCUCGUGUCUAUUAAAUAGAUAUAACACAACUACUUUGUUUUCAUUCUAUAUUAUUAUAUAUUUCUAUUCAAGAAAGAGAGAGAGAGAGAGAGAGAGAGCUCUUCUUUUCUCCCUCCCUCCCUCUUUCCCUUCCUCUCUUCAUCUCUUCUUUUCCCCUCCCUCCCUCUCUCUAUCUCUUUUUUCUUCUUUUAAUUAAGGCCAACAUAUCUUCAUAUAUGUAUAUUUUAAAUAUUAUAUGAUAAAAAAAAUUUUGCCAAUUUGAUAUAAUUGAAAAAAAAUAUAUA